UCCAAUUUACGGGGCAUGACAGUUGAACAACAACAAUCAAGCUUCCGGUUUUCCCCAUUCUUACUAGAGAGUUCACUAGCAUGUUCUUGUGAGCGUAAAAUCGCACAAUCAGCAAGUUUAUGUAUAAUAGAUUUACGUGUACAGUAGGUACAUUUUAUUAUUUUGUUUGUCGUGGAAUAAGAGCACCGAAAGAGCUAUUACUGACUUUGAUACACCGCUUUAUUUGGCCAUUACACUGCGGACAACUUCCAAUACGGGUUAUUAUGAGCGAAGGAGAGGUUUUCCAUGAGAAGCAGCGACUGGAGUUGUGCGCCAUUCAUGCUCUAAACAACGUUCUGCAAGAACAAGUGUUCACCAAGGAGACGGCAGAUGACAUCUGCAAGCGGCUAGCUCCACAAUGUGUGGUGAACCCUCACCGCUCGAUGCUGGGCACAGGCAACUAUGAUGUCAACGUCAUCAUGGCUGCCCUACAGAGCAGAGAGUUGGCUGCAGUAUGGUGGGACAAACGCAGAACAGUACAGAGUCUCUGUGUUGACAAGGUCCAGGGGUUCAUCCUGAACGUUCCGUCACGUGUCUCUCUCGGAAUUGUGUCCCUCCCCGUCAAGCGGCGGCACUGGCUUGCAGUGCGCCAGGUUAAUGGACACUACUACAACCUCGACUCCAAACUAAAGAGUCCUGUCUGCAUCGGGAACGAAGCAGAUCUCCGUACAUUUCUCAGUGAACAGCUGUCUCCGGACGUGGCAGAGAUGCUCCUGGUUGUGAGGAGGGACGUGGAGGAGUACGGAACCUGGCUGAACUCUGAUGACCUCAGGAAGUGAUUCCUCUGGCCUGGGCAUUCCAUUCAUUCAGCAUGGGACUCAAACUCCUGCUCUACUCUGGAAAACAAAUAACAUUUUAGAAAACAAGAGACGCUUAACAGAAAGUACAUAUUUCAGGAAAUGCAUUACCGGUUGCUGAGGAGUGUGGGCACUCUUACACACACACACACAAAGUUCCAGAGAUCAUUUAAGAUGACGGGGGAUUUCUGUCCCAAAUGGCUUGUUUGUAACAGUUUACUGGUUGUUGUUUGGAUUUCUACACUACAGCUGCAUCUAUAUCCUCCUUCUCUCUCUUCCUUCCUUCUCUCCCUAUGCACUGCACUGUCGAGGUAGACCAGUUAGAACUGGUUUGUCUUUUAAGUUAUUCUAUGCACUGAGGUACCGAGGAGGCACUGGAUGUCAUGUUGACAACUGACUGUGUGAAAAUAAUGCUUCUAUGUUUGUGUUCUGUCUGCGUCUACAUCUAACUAUGCAUAUCCAAGUGAAUGGGAGCACUGUCUUUUUGUUACACGCACUCAAACUACACACACACUCAGAGGAUAUAAAGAAAAUGUUAUUUAUAUGUAA